AUGGCUAAUAUUAAAUACGAUCUUGUUGGACACGACAGCGAAUCAGCCGACAACGACGAGUGGCCUCGGACCGUCAAGCAAAAGGGGGCAAGCCGUCGCUACAUAUGGCUGCUCGCCACAUUGUUUAUUAGUGCACUGGGCAAUAUCUUUCUACUCUACAAGCUAAACCAGCAGACCAAACUCGGUCCCAUCAGCCGUACGCAUUAUGGUGAGAAGGUUCCUGUUUUCCCUCUUCUGGCUAGGUUUAGUUUGCUGAAGAGCUACGUACCAACAGCCGGACUCGUGAAUGACCUUGAUGUCCCAUUUGCAUGGGAUACACCCUUUAGUUCUGGUGAUUAUGCCGAAGUGAACAAACUAUGGUACGAAGACGAGCAAUCUGACAAGGGAAUUAUUUCCCUGGACAAUGACUACGCCGAGUCACUCGGCUUGCCCAAGUCGCAGCCGUUUGCGUGGGAUUCAAAGAAGAAGAGCAUCUACAUCACAAAUGGUCACCACAAUCUCCAUUGUCUGCGUAACAUCUAUAUUUCUCUCGAUCAAUUCCGUAACAACCAGUCCCAAACGAUCGAAUGGCAACACGUCCUACAUUGUUUGGGCGCUCUCCGGGAUGAUAUCAUGUGCAACGCUGACGAUACUCCUCGCUUUACCGAAAAGGGUGGUCGGAGGCCAGGAGAAGGUCAAGUGCGCAAGUGUCGUGACUGGAGCAAGCUCCAGGAGUUUGUCCAGGAGCAUGCCGGCUGCUUCAAGUACAUUCACCCGGAGAAUCAUACGAUGGAAACUAUUGAGAGAGUAAAAUAUUGCCCAAAUGACAGUCCAUAUCUCCCACUUAUCCGCAAGUAUUUUGGCUUGCCGGACGAUUGGUUGCCGUGGCCAGUGGAAGGAUCGAAGUAA